CCAUCUAAAACAGCGCGCCAGCCAGCACUUCUCCAAUAUCCAGCAUUCUAGUAGCAGUCUCUUAGUGGCAGUGUGUUUGCGUUUGUGAGUUCAAGCUUCAACCAUGAAUGAGAACUUACGCCCCCCAACACUCCACAUGAAUGUCCCCUGUGAUUCUGCUACCUACUUGGAUGGGGGGACUGGCAGGGUCUUGGAUGGUCCUGUGUUGUCAAGCUCGUCCACCCCAACGCUACAAAGGAAGCACUUCAAGAUGCGGUGCAUUGAGAAUAUCCCAGGCAAGAGGGCGAGGGACCAGGAGUGGCUAGUCAAUAGGCAGCUAAGCUCUACCCGUUCCCACUCUGGUUCCAAGGAGUACCUGCAGCUGCCAUCCACCGACAUCACACUGUCCAGCGAUGAGGAUGGAGCCGUCUGGUCCAACUGCUCCACACCCAGUGCCUCACCCUUACGUAAGCGCUUCCUGCUCCGCAAGUGGCUGAGGGUGAGAGAGAAGGAGCACAACGGCAGUGAGAGCAGCCCUGCCAGUAAUUCAAACAGGAGCACACCCGCUUGCUCACCUACCCUGCAUCCUAAACGUUCACCAACACCCCAUAGCCAGGAGCCUGGUGAGAACAUGGUGGAGAAGAGCCACUCAGAACACUCUGAGAAGUCCCCUUCCAUCCCUGAGCAUGUGGUCCAGCGAACGUACUCCCUACAGUCCGCCCGCAGUGGAAACAAGAACUCCAAGAAGAGUCAGAGCUGGUACAACGUGUUGAGCCCCACAUAUAAACAGCGUAAUGAGGACUUCAGGAAGCUCUUCAAGCAGCUACCAGAAUCAGAAAGACUCAUUGUGGAUUACUCCUGUGCCCUGCAAAGAGACAUCCUCCUGCAGGGCCGACUCUACCUCUCAGAAAACUGGAUCUGUUUUUAUAGUAACAUCUUCCGCUGGGAAACAUUGUUGGCUGUGAGGCUAAAGGACAUUUGUACCAUGACGAAGGAGAAGACAGCCCGUCUAAUCCCUAACGCCAUUCAGGUGUCCACAGACAGUGAAAAGCACUUUUUUACCUCAUUUGGAGCGCGGGACAGGACCUACAUGAUGAUGUUCAGAUUAUGGCAGAAUGCACUGCUGGACAAGCCCCUGUGCCCCAAAGAGCUAUGGCACUUUGUCCAUCAGUGCUAUGGCAAUGAACUUGGCCUGACCAGUGAUGAUGAGGACUAUGUUCCCCCUGAUGAUGACUUCAACACUAUGGGGUUCUGUGAGGAGAUUCCUAAUGAUGAGAAUGAAAUCAGUCAUGACAACACUUCUAAGAGCAAUGUGGAGGCAAAGCCCGAGGGCAGCCCACAAUCCAUACACCAGAAAGGCAUCAUGACCAACAGCUGCGAGCCCCUCUCUGUGAGUCUAAGCGACAUAAUAGAGUUUGACCUCUCUCCAGAGGAGUACAUUGACUGUCUCCCUGAUGGGGAGCUGAUGGCCCUGCCCUUGGUACUGGAGCAAGGACUAGGGGAGGACAGUGUCCUUGUGCCCUCACCCUCCCUGGACUUCAACGACAAUGAAGACAUCCCCACUGAACUCAGCGACUCCUCAGAGACCCAUGACGAGGCAGGGGAGGUGCAGGCCUUCCAUGACGACCUGAAGGGGAGACAGUACAUCGAUGAGGUUUACAAGUUCAGUGUGGACAAGAUGUAUGACAUUCUGUUCACAGAGUCUCAGUUUAUGACCGACUUCAUGGAGCAGCGCAGGUUCUCUGAUAUAGUGUUUCACCCCUGGAAGAAGGACGAUGUAGCAGGGAACCAGACAAGAGAGAUCAUGUACACAAUCUCCCUGUCUAACCCCCUGGCCCCCAAAACUGCAGCAGUCACAGAGACUCAGACACUGUACAAGGCAAGUCACGAGAGUCAGUGCUAUAUCAUCGAUGCUGAGGUUAUUACACACGAUGUGCCCUACCAUGACUACUUCUACACACUCAACCGUUAUAUGCUGACACGAGUUGCCAAGAACAAGUGCCGGUUAAGGGUGUCCACUGAACUACGCUACAGAAAACAACCAUGGGGAUUAGUAAAGGGUUUUAUCGAGAAGAACUUCUGGAGCGGGCUAGAUGAGAACUUUCAGCAUCUUGAGUUGGAGCUGUCUAAGUUGGAGGAUGUGGUGUUGGAUUCGGCCCGGCAUUCUCCCAAGAUCAAGAUGUUGAAGCAGUCUUUGAGGCAGAGGAAGAGACCCCUGGUCCACAUACGGAGUCAGCACCUGGACAGUGCCCUCCUCAGCCCUGUCUCUACGCCGACCGACGAAGAGGUCUUCCAUCGCAUCAGACAUGUGGGCGUAACAGGUUCCACUCAGACCAGACAGAUGCCUGAGAACUUCCUUGAAGGCUUUGCCCUCUACAGUGUCUCCAAACUGUUGCUCAUCAUAAGCUUUGUGAUCUGUCUAAGCUUGGUUUUACUGGUGUUCCUCAACAUGAUGCUGUUCUAUAAGCUGUGGAUGUUGGAAUAUUCAACACAACAUCUGACCACCUGGCAAGGGCUGCAACUACAUGAAAGUAAACUGCCCCAGACACAGAUGGAAUGGGCUCAGUUCCUGCAAUCCCAACAACGUUUCCACAAGGCUGAGCUGCAGAAGUGGAGAGAGAUCGUAAAAUCUUCAGUGGUACUAUUAGACCAGAUGAAACAGUCUCUACUGAACCUUCAAAGGGGAAUUGGCUUAAGGGACUAUAGCUCGGACUAUAGCUCGGAAGCUGAUGAAAAAAAAGGCCGUUACCGCUGAUGUACACUCUAAGGCCGUAAGGGUAUGAGGUGCAAUAUACAAAGUCUGUGUUGAAGUAUGCAGAUGAAAAAAACAGUAACAAGAGGGGAUACUGAUGACUGCUACUCAUGCUGGCUGCUGUGUGACAGGGCUGGCCUCCCCCCAGCUCAUAGUGGUCAAACAAUGGCCAGGUAGGAUGUAAAAUGAAGAAUCUCAUUCAGAAGAGGAGAGAUAGGCAAGGAAAGAGAUCCUAGAGACUCUAGGCUUUCCAUACUUUCACUGUUCUAACUGAUCUUCCUCUGCAGGUCUGUGCUGUAGUAUCCCUUUUAUUAAACUUUUUGAUCCUGUUAUCAUGAAUAAGGCUAACAGAAUCACAUAAAAAUGGGUACUAGAACUAAUAUUAUGUAUGUGGAUGCAUAUUAACACUGAAAUGUCACUAUUGCGAUGUUGUCCAGUGGGCUCUGUUGUCCGAUGCAUCAGGGCUGGUUUGCCUGGAGGAUCACCUGGGACUAGGUUAAGUGGGAAUGUGGAAAAUUAUUGGUUUGGGUGGACAAGGGUCAUCUUCACAGGUAAACAAAAACAGAGACAUUUUAAAGUUAAAAGACAUAUGUCAUAUUAACAACAUACAUGUAUUUCAUCUUCUUAAGUCUUCUUGAAGGUUUAUGAAUGAGCUCUAUGUUGCCAGUUGGGUAACUCAGUUUGUUGUCCAUCAGACUGGUGGAAUCAUUUUUAAUAAUGAUAGCUAGCCUGCACAUUAUGACGUCAUGUACAUCAAUUUACAUAUAGGUGAACUUUAUUGUUGAGUUACCGCUGCUUUCAAUAUCAAACGUUGACAGUCACUGUAGACUUGUGUCAUGCAUUGUGUAUUACAUGUUUAAUUUAUUUAUCAUUUAUCAAAAUAAUCCAAGAAUGUAGUUCUUUACCAGUAUUAUUUUUACCAAGUGAAGCAUUGCAUGUUAAUUUAAUAACUGAAAAGGAAAACCGCAGAAAGACAGUUAGGGACAACUGUGUUCUAUGUGUUUUAUUUAGAAACUGUGACUCUCUCUUUUCUGUUUUUUGGGGCGUUGAACAAAUUACAACCCCAUU